GACCAAUAUAAAUUCAGACGCACUCUCAUCAUUCUAAUUAGAUACACUCAUAACGCAUUUGUUCGAGAUUCAGCGAACAAUUUCAAAAUGGGCCAAAAGAAGAGAAAUCACCUUAGGAAGUCCUCGGAGGAAAAAGAAAAGUUCGUCAAAUCCGAGAACGACGAAAAGCAAUCGAGGGCCAAAAAGGAUAAAAAAGGGUCAUCGAAAGCUCCAACUGCCAAAUCCGAAAAAGCCACAAAGAAUAAAGAAAACUCAUCGAAGGCUGAAAAUGAAGAGAUAGAGGUCUGGCAAGCGCCACAAGAUGUUGGCAGGUCACCAUUUGAUGGUGAUACAGAUAUGAAAGAAGCUGGCAAAGAAAAUAACGACGGUUCCGAUGACGAUCCAGAAGGUAGUUCCUAUGACGGUUCCGAUGCCGGCUCCGAUGCCGGCUCCGAUGCCGGCUCCGAUAAUGGCUCCGAUGACAGCUCUAAUGAUACCUCUCCCAGCUCAGAUAGUGAGAGAGGUAGACGUGACGGUAAAGCUGGCGGUAACAAGGCGCGGAUGGAUUUCGGAAGAGCGACCACGGAGGAAAGGGACUUGUACCCAAUAGAACAACAGGAGAACCGGAAACCGUCGGGAAAGCGCAAAAACCACAUUACGUUGGUUGGAGAUCCUGAAUUGCAAACACGAGAGGAAACCCUUGCUAGGAUCGUCGGUAUCACACCAUUAGGAAUGAUCUGGGUUGGGCUUCCAAGCCUGAAUAAGAAUAACCCCGAUGUCGAGAGAGGCUACCAUAUAAAGGGGACAGACUAUUCCAAGGAAAAAGCCGAGUAUAUCGCAAAUGGCGGCCUAAAAUUUGUUCCAGGAGACGAGAAACUCCUUAUCGGUUGCACCCUGGAAAAACUCAUCGUGAACAGCGUUGCUUAUGACUUGCAAGAAUUUGCACGUUAA